UUUGGAGUUUUCCAUUGGCCAGCAAAGCACUUGAGAAAGUCCAAAUAUUUUCAGCUGGUCACCUAUCUUUACGUAGAUUUUGCAGGAAUGUGCUGGCUGACGGUCUGUUCUGUCGGGGGUGUGGAAGUGAUUGUAGGCGGUCCGCUGUGAGCCCUUAGCCUAUUGGUCGUGUGACUGGUGUCGCUGCUGCAAAGCUAUGUGGGAGACCACGGCCUUGGCUGCCUUCUGGCAGAAGCGCUACAGUAUCAAUCAAACUCUGCUUGAGAAGCACGCAUGGCUUUCUGCCACUACAGGCCUGUUCCUCACUUGCCCAUCCCAAGAGGAGGAAUCACGCCAUUCCUUUCUGCACUCUCUAAUUGCCUUUUGUUAAUGUUGCCUCAUUAAAGGAAGUCAUUAACAGAGAAAAUGGUAUUAUGGCCCCAUGGACUGUUUCGGCUUUCAAUAAAGAAACUUCCCCAAAAGAGUGAAAUCUCUAAAAUGCAGGGUAAUAUGAAUCUAAUUUGACAGGCACACAAGAAGCUAAACGUUCUUUUCAUUUAGUUUUUCUAAGAGAUACUGAUCUCUGUGAUGGGUUUCUGCCCCCAUCCUGGGUUGUUCCCUGACUUGUGCCCAUAUAGCCUCCAGGACUUUAACUAAAAUGAUCGUUUCUGAAUACUGGCAAGCCAAAUGAUUAUUUUUGUUAUUGUUCUUGCUGCCGAUGUGCUAGAACAUUGCUGUCCUAAAUAGAAUGGAUUUGUAACUUGAAGCCUGCCAGGUACCUGGUGCUUAACCCGAAGCCGUCAAUCAUACAGCUAAAUGGCUGUGUACCUAGCUAAUCCGUUCUACAGACUAUUACGUUGUACUGCAAUAUCACGUUUUGCCAUACGAUGGCGCAGAACCCUCAGGUUUGUCUCCAAGAGGAUUGCUAUAAAAAUAAUAGAUAAGUGCAGAAAUCUGUCUGUAUGAGAAACGUGGGCGUUUGUUGUGCUGAGCUCAUUUUUUAAAACGUGAAACGGUGCCUUGUGUUAAAAAAAAUAAAGGGAUAUUCGUUUCGUUUAAUUUACUGAUCUGAAAUGAAUGGUUAUUUAUGACAUUUACGAGUAUAAAACGAAAAUGAUGGCGGACCCUGCAAUUCAUUCGGGAAUCUUGAGCAGCGAUUGAAAGGCGAUGGGCUGCGCGUGCAAUGUCCGCGAAUGACUGGCGCGCGCCCGUCGGGCACGUAACGCACGUCUAAAGCAGCAGUUGUGUUGAUGUAAGAGCAGCAUGUAACUGUAUGCAAAAUCUCCAUUUGUUUGUAUUAAAUUUACGGAAACCGUAAUAUCACCGUGUGGUGAGAAAAACAGCUCAGCGGGCCAUUUUACCUCAUUCAAAUCAGAUCCAAAAGUACCCCUCACCCUCUCGAGGGUGAAGAUAUACGGAAAUUCUGUGAGCGUCUGUUGGAUGGAGCCUGUGGUACGGCCCUGACACACACGGUGACCUUUCCCCAGUGAAGCCAGCCGCCUAGACCACUGGCGGACCCAGGACCACAGCCAUCCCCGGAGAUCCGUCAUCCGUGAGACGCAAGCAAGGCUGAAGCGAUUAGCAGACCUCAGGGCCCGGCGGACGAGGCAUGUCUGUGUGUCGGAGGAGUGCCACUUAGCAGGAAGGACUGACAUCACUGCCUCACGUGGUGCGGCGCGCUCCACCGAGGACCUGCGGGCGCCCUCCCACCGCCGGACGGGGAACGCACCGUCACGGACAGCGAGAGCACAUUAUUGAUGCCACCUUCGGCCUUUGCUGUGGGUUACGUAAAUGACAGGUCGACACUACUGCAGGAUCACGACAUCUGUGCCCGGUGGGGCAGGGGAAUGACUGAUCAACAUCAGGCCGAAUGGGAUUCCGUUGCGAAGGAUCAGAGGAUUGCUGGCUGGGAAUGAAAGAUGAUGUUGAGGCGUGAAUGCUAACAUGUUAAUGUUAUUGUUUACGGAGUUAGUGCUAGAGUCUCACUUUAUUAUUCGUUUACAAUGGCAUUUUAAAUUGUGUGAACCAUUCAAGGGUAAAAUAUUUUAUUGUCUUGAUACUAGGGGCUGGUGAUGUCACCCGAACGGUGUUUUAGGAGGAAACAUCUGAAGGAGGUGAUAGAAAAGCACCACAAGGUGAUUAGCCUGUUGCAUGGUGAGGGACCGAUUCUGCAUUCCAUUGGUAAGUCGGAAUUUCUGAGUUCCUAGUUGGAAAUCUGAACUGAAGUGCCCCCUUAAUUUGGAAUUCUGACUCGAAAAAUGAGAGGAACCUCGGCAACCCCAACCUCAGAAUUCAAUAUGGCGGCGCCCUUCAUCAACAGAAGUGAACGCUGUAGUUAUGUAUUGUGUAUUAGCACUUGUGUCUUAUUCGUGCUUCUGUAAAUCAGCCAUACACACAGUACUGUCCAACCGCUAUCUGUGACCAAAAAUGAAUCUGGCUAGAACUGGGGUUCGUGGGAUUCACAAAGCUGGAUUUCUUGCUUAGCUGGAUAACUUGUCAGAUUUAAGGUCAUCUGGGCUAAGUGUUAGUGAACGAAGAUAAAGUGGGUAAACUGGGGCACCUUAAAUCCAACCAGUUAUCCAGCUAAGCAAGAAAUCGUGGUUUUUGAGACCCAUUCCCAGCUGGGACUUCCAGUCUCCGAGGUAAAUGGAAGGCAGCAUUACUGUUAGCUGUCAUCACGGUGGCUGAAGUCCAGCGGAUGGUGCUGAGGUGGCUGAGCACGCUGACAGUCUGGUCAUGUCUCACGGUGCUGAGGUGGCUGAGCACGCUGACAGUCUGGUCAUGUCUCACGGUGCUGAGGUGGCUGAGCACGCUGACAGUCUGGUCCUGUCUCACGGUGCUGAGGUGGCUGAGCACGCUGACAGUCUGGUCCUGUCUCAUGGUGCUGAGGUGGCUGAGCACGCUGACAGUCUGGUCCUGUCUCACGGUGCUGAGGUGGCUGAGCACGCUGACAGUCUGCUCCUGUCUCAUGGUGCUGAGGUGGCUGAGCACGCUGACAGUCUGGUCCUGUCUCAUGGUGCUGAGGUGGCUGAGCACGCUGACAGUCUGCUCCUGUCUCAUGGUGUUGAGGUGACUGAGCACGCUGACAGUCUGGUCCUGUCUCAUGGUGCUGAGGUGGCUGAGCACGCUGACAGUCUGGUCCUGUCUCAUGGUGCUGAGGUGGCUGAGCACGCUGACAGUCUGGUCCUGUCUCAUGGUGCUGAGGUGACUGAGCACGCUGACAGUCUGGUCCUGUCUCACGGUGCUGAGGUGGCUGAGCACGCUGACAGUCUGGUCCUGUCUCACGGUGUUGAGGUGACUGAGCACGCUGACAGUCUGGUCCUGUCUCAUGGUGCUGAGGUGGCUGAGCACGCUGACAGUCUGCUCCUGUCUCAUGGUGCUGAGGUGGCUGAGCACGCUGACAGUCUGGUCCUGUCUCACGGUGUUGAGGUGACUGAGCACGCUGACAGUCUGGUCCUGUCUCAUGGUGCUGAGGUGGCUGAGCACGCUGACAGUCUGCUCCUGUCUCAUGGUGCUGAGGUGGCUGAGCACGCUGACAGUCUGCUCCUGUCUCAUGGUGCUGAGGUGGCUGAGCACGCUGACAGUCUGCUCCUGUCUCAUGGUGCUGAGGUGGCUGAGCACGCUGACAGUCUGCUCCUGUCUCAUGGUGUUGAGGUGACUGAGCACGCUGACAGUCUGGUCCUGUCUCAUGGUGUUGAGGUGACUGAGCACGCUGACAGUCUGGUCCUGUCUCAUGGUGUUGAGGUGACUGAGCACGCUGACAGUCUGGUCCUGUCUCACGGUGUUGAGGUGGCUGAGCACGCUGACAGUCUGGUCCUGUCUCACGGUGCUGAGGUGGCUGAGCACGCUGACAGUCUGGUCCUGUCUCACGGUGCUGAGGUGGCUGAGCACGCUGACAGUCUGGUCCUGUCUCACGGUGCUGAGGUGGCUGAGCACGCUGACAGUCUGGUCCUGUCUCACGGUGUUGAGGUGACUGAGCACGCUGACAGUCUGGUCCUGUCUCAUGGUGUUGAGGUGGCUGAGCACGCUGACAGUCUGGUCCUGUCUCACGGUGCUGAGGUGGCUGAGCACGCUGACAGUCUGGUCCUGUCUCACGGUGCUGAGGUGGCUGAGCACGCUGACAGUCUGGUCCUGUCUCACGGUGCUGAGGUGGCUGAGCACGCUGACAGUCUGGUCCUGUCUCAUGGUGUUGAGGUGGCUGAGCACGCUGACAGUCUGGUCCUGUCUCACGGUGCUGAGGUGACUGAGCACGCUGACAGUCUGGUCCUGUCUCACGGUGCUGAGGUGGCUGAGCACGCUGACAGUCUGGUCCUGUCUCAUGGUGUUGAGGUGGCUGAGCACGCUGACAGUCUGGUCCUGUCUCAUGGUGCUGAGGUGUCACAACAAAGAUUUAACUGCAGGCACCGUGAAGAAAUUGCACAGUGUGCUUGGUUACCAGCUGGUGUUUGGGCACCUAUGAUUAACCAAGUACUGAUAGAUGCCUGAUGAAGUGAGCAGGUAAGGAAAACUUUUUUUUCAGAAAACAAGGUACAUGUGGGUGUGAUUGGCAGAAAUACGGAAUUAUACAGACAGAGGCACAUGGUCCAAGGCCCCCAAGGCUAUUUUAAUUGUCAGAUGGGGACAACUGUUGUCAGUGUGGGGGGAGGGGGGUGCAAUAAAGGUCCCAGGGCUUCUGGGAUUCAGCCCGGGUAGCCUGUUACAGUGCCAGUAAUAAAACAGAUCAAAUAUCCUUUCAAAAUAUUAAAUAUAUUUCCCCCCAAAUUUUUGACAGGCGUUUAUGUUUGACAAUAAUCUCAUGACUUCUUAUAUAAACUCUCAAACAUGACACUCAAAGGGGCAGAUUUAGUUUUCACUGUAAAACCAUGUUUUCCAUAGUGCCCCCUCUGGUGAUCAAAGGCAUUUAUUUUGCUGUUUCCGAUGGUCACUGAUAUCCGUCCAUCUUGCAUAAGCGCUCUGCAGCCAAUCCCAGGCAGCCGUUUAUGUCUUUGGCCAUCGUUAUAAGGACUGCUCUGCUUCAGUGACUGGCUCUGGCCUCCAGCAGACGUGUCUACGUGCUGAAAGGGACUUUCAGGCACCUCUGUUGUUUUUAAUUUCCAUGUCUCCAACUCUUCCUUGCCUUGUUAUUCCAGCUGUUGAAGAGACGCUGUGGUCAAAAGUAAGCAAAUGAAAAAAAACAAUGCCGAUAUAACUGCUCGAACCACUGCUGAUCAUUCAGUUGAAUAAAAUUAAAAAGAAAUUCACCUAUUUAAUUUAGUGCACACUUUGUAUUAAAUUGAUGUGCAGUUGGGAGAGGCAGGGUCAGCUAGUCCCCGGAGCAACUAAGGAUUGGGGGGCUUGCUGCGGGUCCCAAUGAUGACAUCACUUUGUCAGCCAAGGGAUUUGAAACAGUGACCUUUCGAUUAAAGGUACAACAUCGUGACCCAUUGAGCCACACACUGCCCUAAACCAAUUUACUUCGUUUAUUUUUUAAACAUCGUCUGUUUGUGCGUUUGUUUGUUCGUUCGUUCGUUCGUUCGUUUGUUUGUUUGUUUGUUUGUUUUUGUAUUUCAUGCAUUUCCUGGGAGCAGAAACACCCACAGACGAUGUGGCAGCUGUCAGUGAAUACACCGUGCCAAGCUUGCUUUGCUUUUUCCCGUGCAAGUCUUGGCUGCCCAGCUAUAAGAAGCACAUCCUUCACCAGUUUAACAGCCUUACUGAAAGUAACUAAUGUCAUCCCGCCGUUCUUGACAAGAUCACACCCCACUGCUCAUUUACAAGGGUCCAUUUGCUUCAGAGGUAUUGUUUUUCUUAGCAAGGGUAUGCAGUGCCAAUUAGCUAUGCAUGCCAGUGUUUAACCGUAUAAAGUAGUAAAGUCUAGCAUUGAGUUCUGAGUGCACUAUAGAUACCUUCAUAAUGCAUUAUAAUGUUCAGUAUAAUAAUUAAUAAAGCAUUACAGCAUCUUCUGUUGACAGUCAUAAGGCAUCAUAAUGUUAAUUGAAAUACUUCAUAAGCUCCAAUGAAGUUCUCCUCUAUAAUGCACUAUAGAUACCUUCAUAAUGCAUUAUACAGUAAUGGUCGGUAUAAGUUUUAAAGAUGAUUUGUACUGCAUUAUGAAGGUAUCUAUACUGCAUUAUAGAUAAGAGCUUCAUAAAGCAUUCAUAAUGCAUAAUAAACAUGGCUAUAAUGUGUUAUGCCUUUCUAUAAAUAUUUAUGCCCAUGUUUUAAUGCUUUAUGAAUGCAUUAUAAUGUGUUAUGAAUAUGUUCAUAGAUUCUUUUGGACAUACCAUCCAUAGAGAUUGUUAACCGGUUCUCUUAUUGUCCUUUACAUUUACAAAGGCAAAUGCUUGAUGUUGGUAUUUCUGUACUGAUGUGUUUCUGUAAACAGUCUGCUGGCAUUGUCUUUGUGAGUCAUUGCAUCUGUUUUUUCUCUGGAGGACAGGAGUGGAGUUUAAAUCAGAAUCUGUUAAUGGGUGAUAUUUGUAUCUUACUUUAAUGCCUGUUUUACUGUUUUUUAUCAUGAGACUAUCAGGAGGUUGACUUAUUUUUAGAUUCAUUUGUUAUUCCCUUCUGUUUUUUUGUAGGAAGAAAGUAUAGGAAGAAUCGAAGGAACCAUGAUUUGUUUGCUAGUUAAAGUAAUGAUGGGAUGAUAAAGAAUGUGUACUGUGCGUAGUGUUAGAAGGGGAAGGGAGUAGGUUCGCUCACAGGCACACACAGUCAUACACAGUCAUACACAGGCACGCACAGUCACACACAGGCACACACAGUCAUACACAGGUAUGCACAGUCACACACAGUCACAGACAGGCACGCAUAGGUACAUACAGGCACAAACAGUCACAGAGAGGUACACAUAGGCACACACAGUCACACACAGACACACAUAGGCACACAUAGUCAUACACAGGCACACACAAUCACACACAGGCACACAUAGGCACACACAUUCACAGACAGGCACACACAGUCACAAACAGGCACACAUAGGCGCACACAGCCACACACAGGCACACAUAGGCACACAAAGGCACACAUAGGCACACACAGUCACACACAGGCAUACAUAGGCAUACACAGGCAUACAUAGGCACACACAGGCAUACACAGGCACACAUAGGCGCACACAGUCACACAUAGGCGCACACAGUCACACAUAGGCACACACAGUCACACACAGGCACACAUAGGCGCACACAUAGGCACACACAGUCACACACAGGCACACAUAGGCGCACACGGUCACACAUAGGCACACACAGUCACACACAGGCACACAUAGGCAUGCAUAGGCACACACAGGCACACACAGGCAUACAUAGGCACACACAGUCACACACAGGCACACACAGUCAUACACAGGCACACAUAGGCACACACAGGCACACACAGUCAUACACAGGCACACACAGGUACACAUAGGCACACACAGGCACACAUAGGCACACACAGUCACACACAGGCACACAUAGGUGCACACAGUCACACGCAGGCACACAUAGGCACACACAGGCACACAUAGGCGCACACAGGCACACAUAGGUGCACACAGUCACACACAGGCACACAUAGGUGCACACAGGCACACAUAGGCACACACAGUCACACACAGACACACAUAGGCACACAUAGGCACACACAGGCACACAUAGGCGCACACAGGCACACACAGGCACACACAGUCACACACAGGCACACAUAGGUGCACACAGGCACACACAGGCACACACAGACAGAGUACUUGAAAGCAGCAGCUGAAAUCGCAUCCCUGCUUCUCUCACGUUUUGCUUUCUCGUUUUCAAACGAAUUCUGAGCCUUUCACACCCUAUUAAUACAUUUGGCACCUUCUUUGUCAGCCAGAACCAAGGAAACAAACAGUAAGGCAGCACAGAGCAGUAUGGACGGGGUGCAGAGUUCGGGGGCUACAAUCCGCAGGCACCACUUUAUCAUUUAUUUACUCCUACAGUUCCUGUGUGGACCAGCCAUGAAUCUCACCCAUGUCCUUCAUAACCUCCUCUUGUGGACAAACAGUCACCUCUGCAGCACAUGUGAUAUACUCCUCCACCAGAGGGUGAUCUCCUACCCUGGGGAAGUCAGCCUUCCGUAAACCAGCAAUUGAUUUUUUAGAGCCAAAGAGGGGGCAUCAAACCCCCGGGGGGGGCAGACCCCAAGUGCCCCCCCCCCACCCACAAUGUUGUUGAAGGGACGGGGCGGUUGCAAGAGCAAGCCGCUUUGUGGGAUUGAGAUAAGGUG